AAAAAAAAAAGAAAACUGGCUUUUGAAUUGCUGCAGUUCCAAAGCCCUGCAUAUUUCCAGAUAUAAUUUAAGAGCACACAACCAAGCUUGAAACGAGAAAGUACCCCCCCCCAAGAGGCUGUAUCCGAUUGGAGGGUGUUUCUACAAAUGAAAAUGGAGCAACAGAUUCCACCGGGGAUAGGGAAAGUAGCGGAAGGUCCAGAAAAAGUUUCACAUGCUGCCCAGCCUGACUGUGUUGGAGAUUUUCCAAGUUGCAUAGCAUCAGAAUGGGUUAAGCAGGACCCUGAGGGAGGACAGUCAAAGGAAUGGGAAGGCCAAUGGCAGGAGUUCUUGAAGGCCCUAGAUUACCCUCCAUCGAGAUGGAGAAACCCACAGGCCAAAGAUCCUGGACCCUGGGAUGAUGCCAAGGCCUUUUUGGCCUCCUUUGAGCAAGUGGCUGAAGCCUGCCAGUGGCCAAGAGAAGAGUGGGUGGCCCGGCUCGUGCCAGCACUGAGCGGAGAAGCAGAGCAGGCCUUUAGCAUCCUGGAAGUCAAAGACAGGGCAGACUAUGGGAAGGUGAAGGCUGCCAUCUUGCGAGGGGAUGCCCUCAAGAUGGAGUCGCAGCGCCAGCAUUUCCGCCAGUUCCGUUACCAGGACAUUGAAGACCCGCAAAGGGUUUACAGCCAACUCCAGGAGCUUUGCCAUCAGUGGCUGAAACCAGAGAGGCGCACCAAGGAGCAGAUCCUGGAGCUGCUGAUCCUGGAACAGUUCUUGGCCAUCCUGCCCCCAGAAAUCCAGAGCUGGGUCCGGGAAUGUGGUCCAGAGAACUGUGUCCAGACGGCUGGCCUGGCAGAGGACUUCCUGAUGAGCCAGCAAGAGAACGAGACAUGGAAGUGGCAGGUAUUGGUGCCCUCAAAGGAUGUGAUCUUGAGUCCUCAGGGAUCUGGGAAGAAGGACCAGUAUGUGGAGCCAAAACAGGGGAGUGGCAUGGAUGCUGGUUUGUCAGAUGGUGGUACGAUGUCCCCCAGUCACGCCACCUCACUGCUUCCCCCUGAGGGUUGGGAAUCAGCUGAAGCAGGGCCAGCUGAGGGGUCAGUGGACUUUGAACUUGCUGUCCAUUUCACGGAGGGGGAAUGGGCCCUGCUGGAUCCAGGCCAGAGAGCUCUGUACAGAGAAGUCCUGCAAGAGAAUUACGGGAAUGUGAUCUCAUUGGAUAACAGGACCCCAACUGAGAUCAAAGUAGAGAAUGUUCAGUGGAAUGGUUCCGAAGUGCCUGGCUUACAGGAGAUCUUCCCAGAGAGAUCCCACAGAUCUGUGAAACCUGAGACCCACAAAGAAGAGGCUGAUUUGGAUAGGCUGCAAGGAAGGAGGGCUGUAAAGAGGUGGCGUGGAUCCGUUCAGUUUGUGGAAGGUCUGAGAUCCCUUCACAAACGUGCAUCCCAGGAGAGUGAGAGAAAGCAUCCGUGUCCUGAAUGCGGGAAAAGGUUUCAUUAUCGGUCACAACUGGCAAAACAUCAGAUGACCCAUACGGGCUUAAAACCCUACAAAUGCAUUGUCUGUGGGAAAAACUUUCAAAGGAAAGAUAACCUUCUUGCGCAUCAGAAAAUCCAUACCGGGGAGAAGCCGUAUGGGUGUGCAGAGUGUGGGAAAAGCUUCUACGACAGAGGCAAGUUGCUUAGGCACCAGAAGGUCCACACCGGGGAGAAACCUUUUGAGUGUCCCGGGUGUGAAAAAAACUUCUCUCGGAAAGGAAACCUCCUUGUACAUCAGACAAUCCACACAGGCGAGAGGCCAUAUGAGUGCUCUGAUUGCGGGAGGCACUUCUGUGAGAGGGUCCGAUUGAGUAGACAUCAGAGGGUCCACACUGGAGAAAAACCUUAUGAGUGUCCUUGGUGUGGAAAGAGAUUCCGAAGAAAAGGAAAUCUGGCUGCACACCAGAAAACCCAUACUGGUGAGAGGCCAUACUCCUGCUCUGAGUGUGGGAAAAGCUUCAGCGAGAAAGCCAAACUGAUUCGUCACCAGAGAGUCCACACAGGAGAGAAACCAUACUCAUGCCCGAUAUGUGGGAAAAGUUUCAAUCAAAGAGAGACCUUAAUGAGGCACUGGAGAGUCCACACUGGGGAGAAACCAUACAAGUGUCAGGAGUGCAGGGAAAGCUUCAGUCAAAAAGAGACUCUCCUUAGACAUCAGAGAAUUCACACAGGAGAAAAUAUUAGUGUUCUGUGAGGAAUGGGGUAGGGGGAUGUUCAUGAGUCUAUAAAUAGAAGCAUUACAGAAAAUGUAUGAUUAUUUUCAUUGUGGCGGGGAGGUGGGGGAGAGCUGAUGACAAAUUGGGGUCACAGUAGCAGUUGUAUAGAAUCAGAUGGUAGGAUUCUGGACUUUUAAGAAAUUCAGAUUGCCAAUUCUUAUAUGAAGCAUUUUGUGAACAUAGAAGACUAGCUCCUCAGGGAGAAAGCAUACACAUAAAGAACUAAUUCACCAAGAAAAAGGACUAAGAGAGCAAUCCCAAGCAGGUCUCUUCAUUAUCAAGACCCGUUUUAUUCAGCAUGGUAUUCUCUCAGGAAACUGGUUUUAAUAUAAUCCUUUUCUUG